CAAAUACAUGUUAAUUAAGCAAUGUUCUAUUAUAUGUUAAUAAAUAAUAAUGCAAGGUUUAUUGUAGCCAUGUUAAUAAAGUUUAUUGGUUCGUUCACCAACAGAAGGAUCUUUAAAGAGUUAUAGUAGAUAUGAGAGUAAGGGUAAGAAAAGAAUAGUAUACAAAAACAAGAAAGGAGAAAUAGUAGAACCUCAUGAGAAAUUUGCAAGAUCUGAACAUUUUAGUGAAUGUCAUGGUGGUCAUUCUGUUAAAUCUCGAACAACAACACCGACUCCAUCAGAUAGUGUAAAAACAUAAACAAAUUCUAUAUUGGAUUUGUUACCAAUAGAUGACCCAAUUUGGUUAGAGUUGAUUCCUAUAGAAAUUCAGUAAGAUGAAAACUUUAAUUUGGAGAAAUUGAUUAUGGAUAAUUAAGAGUAUUUUGUAAAUUUGAUUGGUUUGUACAUGUAGGAGAGACAAUAGAACAGAAUUUAAGAAAUAAAAGUGUCUCUGCCUUAUAAAAAAUAAACAACAUAUGAGUAAGUAUUCAAGAAAUUGAAAGGAGUUGAUAAAUCAAAUUUUAAUAUAAAGAUGUAUGACUAGAUUCCAGUAGGUUAAUCUCUUCAGUUACAAACGCAAUAUGAAGUAUUAAAUUUUAGAGAUGGUUAUUAGAGUUCUUAUCGUACUCCAAAGAUUCAGUAAUAGGAGAAUUAUAAGCCUGGUUACUUAAAGGAUAAUGCUGAAAUGUUGACUCUGACUAGCUAUAAAUAGAAUUAUAUGAAUUGGAAACCAUGUCUUACAGAUAGAGUUGGACCUUAAAGAGGAUAGAGUACUGGAGCAUUACCAUUUAUAGGCAAGACAUCAUAUUAAGAUAAUUAUAAAGUAAAUAAUUGUGAACCAAUGGAAUCAGCUAAAAAGAGAUCAUUGUAAUAUAUAAAUAUAUUUUAAGGGGUCCUUUUGCAUCUGGAAGUUCAAUGUUAUUUAAAGAGGCAUUAUCUAAGAUUCAUUAUCCAAGUUAUUAGAUUGAAGAAUUAGUACCUCGUAAAUAAAAUAGUACUCAUCAAUAAGGUAGCGCAUCUUAUGAUGGAUAAUUUAAAACCACUUUUAAAAAGUAAUUCCUAAUCAUUUUAUAUCUAUAGUUCAUUUGCUUAUAAAGUACCAGAUCCAAUAGUAUAAGAUAGAUAUUGGAAAUAGAAAUUGCUAUAAAAGAUAUUGGAGAAGAAAUAAAAUUGA